CACCUCUGAUUUAUCUCCCGCUGCAAGGAGACUGAAGUUAGCUUCGUGUUAAAAAUGUCUAAAGUCCAAAUGCUGAGAGCGUCGGUGAAUCAGAGACUAACUGCGGCUGCUGAAGAGAUAUUUGUGCUGUUUGAAAGAACGAUAGCAGAGUACGAGGAGGAACUUUCUCGAUCUAAAGAGGAGAACGAGCGACAACGCAAACUACUGGACGCUGUUUUCAAGCCUCAACUUCAUCUACACAGAGCAGUGAUUACUGCAGAUGUUCAGCAGCUGUUGGAGAGUAAAGAAGAUGUUCGCCCUGAGAAGCAGGAGAGGAGCACCAGUCCAGACCAGCCUCCACACAUUAAACAAGAAGAGGAGGUACUCUGGACCAGUCAGGAAGGAGAGCAGCUUCAAGAACUGGAGGAGGUUGACAUCACCAAGUUCAUAUUCACUCCUGUCCCUCCUGAAGAUGAUGAAGAGAAACCUCAGUCCUCACAGCUUCAUCAAACACUAACUGAAGAGAACAAAGACUUGGUGAUAUGUGAGAGAACCAGUAACUCAGACCCAGAUAGACAUUUACUACCAGAUACUGAUCACAGGAGUUCUGACUAUUCUGAGGCUGAAGUCAGAGAUGAUCUUUGGACAGAGAUCAGUGAACCUCAAGCAGGUUUAGACUAUAUGAGCAACAUUGAAGCUCUGAUCAGUGAUAUGAAAUGUAAUCCUAUCAAGAAGCAACAUAAGUGCUUUGAGUGUGGUAAAAUAUUUAAAUCCCCAAAGUGUCUGAAAAGACACCUUAGAAUCCACACAGGGGAAAAAGACUUUAAAUGUUCAUUCUGUGAUAAAGCCUUUGUACGAAAGGAAGGUCUGACCCAGCAUGUACGGCUCCACACAGGAGAGAAACCAUUCAGCUGCAGUGUGUGUGACAGAAGAUUCACCUGGCAAGCUCAGGUCAAACACCACCACUGUAUAGGGGAGUCAUCACAGUUUCAUACUGAGCAGAUGACAACAGGGGCUGAAGGAGAGGACUGUGGAGGAUCAGGACCAGACAGGAACUCACAUCUACAACCUGAUACUGAUGACAAGACUUCAGACUGUUCUGAACCUGACCUGGGACCUCUGCUAGGUUUAAACAUUAACACAAAUAACCAAGUGCCUGAAAGAUGUAGUUCUGGCAACAACCUUUGUUACUGCCAUGAGUGUGGUGAAGGAUUUAACAGCCAAGAGUAUCUGAAGAAACACCUGAGAGUUCACUCAGGAGAGAAGCCUUACAGCUGUUUGGUUUGUAACAAACGUUUCUCCAGCAGAGGAUACGUUACCGUUCAUAUGAGACUCCACACAGGAGAGAAAUCCUUUAAAUGUCCGUUUUGUGGUAAAGCCUUUGUACGAAAGGAAGGUCUGGCUCAACAUGUACGGCUCCACACAGGAGAGAAACCAUUCAGCUGCAGAGUUUGUAACAAAAGCUUCACCUGGCCGGCUCAGGUCAGACAGCACAGGUGUACAGCUCUAACUUCUUUUUUCUAUUAUGUGUGUUUCUGUAUUUCAGAGUCUCCUGCAGAUGUUCAGCAGCUGUUGGAGACUAAAGAAGAGGUUUCCCCUGAGCAGCAGGAGAGGAGCUCCAGUCUGGACCACCAGGACCCAGAUCCUCCACAUAUUAAAGAAGAACAGGAGGAGCUCUGGACCAGUCAGGAGGGAGAGCAGCUUCAAGGACUGGAGGAGGCUGAUAUCACCAAGUUUACAUCCACUCCUGUUCCUGUGAAGAGUGAAGAUGAUGAAGAGAAACCUCAGUCCUCACAGCUUCAUCAAAGACUAACUGAGGAGAUGGAAACAGAAGCUGAAGGAGAGGACUGUGGAGGAUCAGAAGCAGACAGGAACUCACAUCCAGAUACACAUUUACAGCCUGAUACUGAUGACAAGACUUCUGACUCCUCUGAGACGGAUGUCAGUGAUGAUGAUUGGACCGAGAGGGAAUCAGAUUUAAAUGGUUUUAAAAGUAAUUUAAGUAAUUCUGACAAAGAAUCAUUUACCUGCUCUGAGUGUGGAAAAACAUUUGGCCACAAGACGAAUCUGAAGAGACACAUGAGAUGUCACACAGGAGAAAAACCAUUCAACUGCUCAUUUUGUAAUAAAAGUUUCAAUCGGAGGGAACACUUGAUCGCUCACAUGAGAUGUCAUUCAGGAGAAAAACCUUUUGUCUGUUCAGUUUGUAACACCAGCUUCAGUCAUGGUUGGUCAUUGGACAAACACAUGAGAGUCCACACUGGAGAGAAGCCGUUCUGUUGCUCGCUCUGCAGUAAAAGAUUCAGGCAGCGUUCAGAUCUGGUGGCACACUUUCGAAUCCACACAGGAGAAAAACCUUUUUCCUGCUCGGUCUGUAACACCAGUUUCACUCAGCGUCACACUUUGGUUCAGCACAUCAGAACACAUACUGGGGUGAAACCUUUUAUUUGUUCAGUUUGUGGUAAAAGAUUUUCACGAAAGGGACAUAUGACAAGACACAUGACGGCUCACACUGGGGAGAAACCGUUCAGCUGCAGUGUUUGUGACACAAGAUUCACUUGGCAGUCACAGUUUAAAAGACAUGAGUGUGCUGGUGAGAGCAGCGCUGCUAAAUGA